CAGUUCAAACCACGGCGCGAGCGUCGAGUACCGUGUUUGUGUCACCCUAUUCAUACUUUUUAAAGUGGAUUUUUCUUAAGGGUUUCGUGGAGUGUUGUUUGUAGUGCCAGUGACAGGAUUAAUAACAUGAGUGAGGAGAAUGCCGUCAGUGAGGAUUUGAAGCGGCAGGCGGCAAUGUUCUACAAUACCACCCAGAGAGAGCAGUCGAAGGAACCCCAGGCGACAUGGUGUUUCUGGCGGCGGAGGCGGCUGGUGGUGGCGCUGCUGGCGUUCUUCGGAUUCUUCAACGUGUACGCGCUGAGGGUCAACCUGUCGGUGGCUGUGGUGGCCAUGACGGAGCCGAUUGAGACCAAACUGGACAACGGCACCGUCGUUUAUCUGCCAGAAUUCGACUGGAGCUCCCAAACUAAGGGUCUGGUCCUGAGCUCGUUCUUCUACGGGUACCUGAUCACCCAGCUGCCCGGCGGCUGGCUCGCGGCUAAAAUAGGAGGUAACAGGGUGUUUGCGAUAGGCAUCGGAGCGACGUCUCUUCUGACUCUGUUUACGCCGCCGCUAGCGCAUAUUAGCACGGGCUUGCUGAUCGCCGUCCGAGUUAUAGAGGGACUCUUUGAGGGUGUAACGUACCCGUGCAUCCACGCAGUGUGGUCUCGUUGGGCGCCGAGUGAGGAGCGCGCGCGCCUCGCAACGUUCGCGUUCAGCGGCAGUUACGCUGGCACCGUCGUCUCGAUGCCUGUGUGCUCGCUACUCGCCCACUACACCGGUUGGCCCGGGAUCUUUUAUGUUUUCGGAAUCAUGGGGCUGGUAUGGACGACAAUAUGGUGGUUGGUGGUGAAAGAAUCGCCCGAAAAGGACCCUCAUAUAACACCUGCUGAGCUGAAGUAUAUUCAAGACUCCCGCGGCACCCAGGUGGAAGGCUCGAAGAUCCGUCACCCAUGGCGCGCCAUGCUGACGUCAGCACCAGUAUGGGCCAUCGUGAUGGCGCACUUCACUGAGAACUGGGGUUUCUACACGCUACUAACAUUCCUGCCUACUUUUAUGCAAGACAUAUUCCACUUCGAGACGUCCCAGACGGGGUUCCUGUCAGCGGUGCCGUACCUGGCCAUGGCCAUAGUGCUGCAGGUGGCGGGACACGCAGCCGACCUGCUGUUGAGGAAGCGGCUGCUGUCCACCACCUCCAUCAGGAAACUUUUCAACUGCGGCGCUUUUCUGGCUCAGACGAUAUUCAUGGUGUGUGCCGCGUACGCCACCUCGGUGGUGGGGUGUGUUGUGUUCCUUACAAUUGCUGUAGGGCUGGGCGGCUUCGCGUGGUCAGGUUUUAGUGUCAACCAUUUGGACAUAGCGCCUCCCCACGCCAGCGUCCUGAUGGGGCUGUCCAACACGGUAGCCACCCUGCCUGGGAUCAUCAGCCCGCCGCUAGCCGGCGCCAUUGUUACUAAUAAGACAGUAGAAGAAUGGCGACUAGUGUUCUUCAUAUCGGCAGCUAUAUACCUAAUAGGCGCAAUAGUGUACGGUAUAUUCGCGUCAGGCGAAAAGCAACCUUGGGUGAUCGAGUUAGAGCCGGACACGAGCUUCGAUACUGACGCAGCUUCUGUGACCACAGCUAGAGGCUAUGAUUCCACCAGAGGAUACGACAAUAAGGCCAUGGACCAUUCGGAAAUGUAGAAAAAAGGAUUAAAAAUGUCGAAGUUUUUAUCAAUUCAUGACAAGUAUAUUAUGAAUGUUAAUAACUCAGUCAAUAUAGCUCGAUUAGCAUGACAGCUGUCAGUACAUUUGCUUGAUUACGUUAAUAGUAAUAUAGACACGUAGAUCCUUAGCAUGGACACAAAACUACUCUGGUUUAGUGAUUCUCAGGGAUAAGAUCCAGCUCAUGAUUCUGAGUUAAUAUCAAGUGGAAUAUGCUGUCGCAAUUUUCAAUUCCACACUUUUGCGACAGAAAAUUUCACUAAAAUCAGAAAUCAGAAUCAUUUAUUCAACGUAAUCAUCAUGGAUAAACUUGUUGAAGGUCAAUGUAACAUUUUUGAAUUUACGUCAUUUCGCAAGGUGUUAUGGCUGAGGAGAAGAAAUGACAAGAAACUGCAACAGCAACACAUCUUUUAAAAACCAACGAGGAUAUACAUUACAAGUUAUUUAAUAACUAGAGGAACACAUUCAAUACCAGACAUUUUUAUCAUUUAGGUAGUCAUUAAUCUUAUAAUAAGCUUUUUUACAUAAAGUAAGCUUCACAUGAGCUUUAAAUUUAUUUUCUGACAAAUUUAAAAUAUUAUCUGGUAUUAACUCAGAUUCAUGAGCUGAAUUAUCGCCCUCAAAAUUCGAUACGGUGUCAUUAACACUCUGUAUAGCACAUUAAAUCCAAUUACACAAUAAAUAACUCAAAAAAUGGAUGUCACUACUCUUUCGUCUCUGUACUAAAGUAUGGACUGUCAAACUUUUCUAAUCGCUUUUUAUGAAUAAGUAUAAAAAAAAAUUAUUGCCAGUAUCAGUUAACAUUAUUUAUCGAUAUAGGCAAACAAAAGCAUACAUUUAUUACAAUAAAAUCUGGAAAUUUCGUUUUUUGAGUCGUUACAGUAUCGAGUUUUGUAACCGAUAUGUGACUUUGUGUGUAAUGUGUAUAUUUAUGUAACAAAUAAAAUAUGGAGUAAAUAAAUAUCCUGCUGACAUUGUAAUUAAGCUAUAUUCAGUAAGGUAUAGAUUAUAAUACGAUGUUUGAAUAUGAUAUACAAAUACAAUGUGUUAGUGACAUACUAACGAAAACUUUCAGGGAUGAUUCAGAUCAUGACUCUGAGUUGAUAUCAA